AUGUUCCGGCACACCCUGUUAACUGGCCUGCGUAGUGAGUCCAUCAGAAACGAGCUCCGCCCUUACCUGGAUGAUUCCGAGACCACUGAUAAAGUCCUGUUUGAAAAGACGAACAGGUUUGCAAGUAUUGAGGCGGAACGGCGAAAGAAGUUGGACCACACCAGACCAGUAGCCAUCAGUGAAGUGCAAGAAAGUCCAAAGCAGACACCACCACCAAAGCAGGGGCUCCUCAUGACCGAGAUAGCCGAGCUAAAGGCUGGGAUCGCCGAACUGUCAUCACUGAAGAGUCAGAAGACCGCACUACAGGAAUCACUACAGAUGUCACCCCAGAGAAAAUCCCAGACCGGACGAGGACAGCCCUCAAGACGGCGGGGUUGUCCCAGGUGCCGAGAGGAGGAACUACUGUGGGACACUGGUGCCCAAGUGUCUAUCCUGAGCUCCAUUUGGGUUGAGAAAUUUAUGACAGGAACAACACCUCGUCCAGUCUCUGAGCUCUUAAGCUGUGACAGUGAGCUAGACCUCCAAGCAGCAAAUGGGACGCCAAUCCCGUUUGACGGUUGGAUUGAAGUUGAACUGCAACUUACGGCACCCAAUGCAUGUCCCCAGAAGGUUACCUUCCCAGCUUUAGUCACACCAGGCAACCUGCAGCAACCGAUUAUAGGCUACAAUGUGAUAGAAGAGAUUGUUAAAGGUUCAGAAGGGGAGUCGAUCAACAGCAUCCUGGGUGGAGCCGUGCGAGGUCUAGACCACAAUCAAGUGAACAAGUUGGUCCAGCUGGUUCAGGCCAACAACUCAGAUGAUAUGUACAAUGUGGUCUCUGGAAGACAAGAUGUAGUCAUCCCAUCCAAGAGUGAUGUGGGCAUUCGCUGUCAUGUCCACGCUGGCCCUCUCGAUCAUCCCAUCACAGUCCUAUUUGAGCCUGAUGUCCGAUCCCACUGGCCGGAGAACUUGCAGGUCAGGGAGACUGUUGUCACUUUGACUCGAGGGAAGUCUUGCCCCAUUACAAUCCGGGUCACGAACCCUACUGACCGUACCAUUGUCCUCAAACGCCAUACUACAUUGGGUCAACUUUACCAAGUCAGAUCAGUUACCCCUGUUUGCCCAUCCUCGCUGGAUAAGUGGACCCCAGCCCCUGAGCAGAACGCCAUGGUCAGCACACUGAGCUCAACCGUUCCUGCAGGAGACACCUGGUUACCUCCAGUUGACUUGAGCCACCUGUCCCGACCCCAGCGCACAGCAGUAGAGUCACUACUAAGAGAGGAGUUAGCAGCAUUUGCCAAAGAUGGGGACGACAUGGGAUGUGCAGAAGGCCUUAGAAUGACCAUCAAACUGAGUGACGAGACCCCUGUCCAGAAGACCUAUACGUCGGUUCCUCGACCCCUGUACCAAGAAGUGAGGACAUACCUAUCUGACCUAAUAACACGUGGAUGGAUCACCAAAUCCAACUCACCCUACUCAUCGCCCAUUGUAUGUGUCCGGAAGAAGGAUGGCACUCUUCGACUGUGCGUGGAUUACCGAGAAUUGAACCGGAGGAUUGUGCCAGACCGGCAGCCAAUACCUCGUAUUAAAGAUGUCCUCGACAGCCUGGGCGGAAAUUCUUGGUUUUCCACACUCGACCAAGGGAAAGCCUACCACCAGGGGUUUAUGGCAGAAGAGAGUCAUCAUCUCACCGCAUUUGUCACGCCAUGGGGGCUGUAUGAAUGGGUAAGGAUCCCCUUCGGCCUCACAAAUGCACCGGCUGUGUUUCAGAGAUUUAUGGAGGUUUGUCUUGAAGGACUCAACGGUGACAUUGCAGUGACCUAUCUUGAUAAUGUGCUUGUCUUCAGUGACACCUUCCAGAAGCAUCUUCAGAAUCUGAGGACAGUGCUGAGGCGGCUCCAAGAAAACGGGGUGAAACUAAAUCCCAGCAAGUGUGAGCUCUUCAGGAAGGAGCUACAUCAAGGAUUUCUCCAGAAGGGCGAAGCCGUUGUAUGA